AUGAAGCUAAACUGUGUGAAUCUUGAGGCUUUUUUAGAGCAGUUUAAUCUACUUGAACAGAAGAUGACAGACACUCACAGCAGAAAUAACAUGUUGGAGAUAAUGCUGGAUGAUGCCAAUAGAGAUUUGAAAUUCUACGAGACCAGGGAGAAAUGUCUGAUGGAGGAGCGAGAUGGCCUCGUUGUCACAGUGAACAUCCUGCAGCAGACUCUGCAGGAGCAGUGCAACCUCAGAGUUGAGAAUGAGAGACUGAAGAAGGAUUUGUUGGACCAGAAACAGAAGGAUGAGAGAAGAGCAGAGGACGCAGAGGCCGAGGUUCAGCGGCUAUUGAAUGAGGUCAGAGCAGGAGCAGAGCGACACCAGAGGGAGCUGGAGUCUGUAGAACAGCAGUGGAGGAGACGGGUGGAGGACGCCCACAACCAGGCUGGAAGUCACAUGGAAGCUAAAGAAACCAAAGUGAAGAAGCUGUUGGAGGAAAAGGAAGCAGAUCUAGAGGAGAUGAGGAAGAGGCUGAAGGAGCAGGAGAGGGAGAGGCAGAGUGAACUUCUGAAGUUACAGAUGGAGUUUGGUGCAAAGUUGGCCCGUGUUCAGAGUUCAGCUCAGUGGAAUCUGCAGCAACAACAACAACAACAACAACACGGCGCUAACGUUCUACCACAGAGCGUCUUUAAGAGGAAGCUCCAGUUCUUCCAGGAGGAGAAGAACAAGGAGAUUGUGGCUCUGCGUCAGCGAAUCAAAGAGCUGGAAGAGAGUCAGCGUGGAGCGGGUGGAGCUAGUGGAGGCGGCGGCAGCGGCGGUGUCCCGAAGAAGAGGAAGAUGUAG